UUGAACUCAGGUCCUCCUGACUUCAGGGCCGGUGCUCUAUCCACCUAGCUGCCCCUGGGAACUUGUAUUCUAACAAGAUCCAGUCUUGCUUACUUAUUUACUAGCUAUAUAGGUAACGUAGGGUAAGGUAAGAUCUGAGUAAGUUACUUUAACUUUGCUGAGUCUCGGUUUCCAUAUCUGUAAAAGUAAAAAUAAUAGCAACACCUGCAGAGAUAAUAAGCUAAUGCCUGUACGUGAUUUGUCCAUCCUAACACUCUCUGUAAACAUGAACUUUAAUGAGUGAUUACAGCCCUGCAGCUGUCUAGUUGUCAAAUGAGUCAGAGGUCACUUGAGUGUGAGUACAGUCUUUUUUAUUUUUUAUUUAUUUAAGAGUGAAUCUCCCAGUCUCAUCUAGGCUGGAGGUGCAGGGGCCACUUAUGGGCCCAAUCUCAAUACUGAUUGGCUCAGAAGCUUUAACCUGCUCUGUUUCUCCCCUCCCCCCCCCCACCAGUUAAUCAGCUUUCGCCCCACUGUGGCUCAGAACUCUCAAGUUCAAUCAGUCACUGGCCUCAGCUUCCCCGGCAGCACAGACUACAGGCUUCCAUCAACCUGAUGGUCACUCCACCCAGCUGGUCCACUCCUAAACUGUAUGGAUCAAGCCCUUCUCGGUUCAUUCUCCUAGCAACGACUCUGCCAUGAAAUAAGCUACAUCCUAUAUUUUCCCAAAGAAUAUGCCGGAGCUAAUUUCUAAGAUACCACUACCCUUUAAAGUAACAGAGAAGGAGAAAACAGAAAGUACUUGAAAAGAACAACACAUUUUAAAGUUGUUUCAUUUCAGUUGUCACAUAAAGUGGACAGAAAUUUUCCUCUUGAAGACUUCAAAUGCUCUGCAGAGUGGAAUAGGUGAAUGGCGCACCAACCUGAUGAUCAUGUGGUCUGGCUGGCAAAUGACACCACUGAUGAACCACAAAAUGGAGAGGACAAAAUUAAUCCAUUCAGCAACAUAACCAUCCGUAGAGGUUUCAUCAGAAAAGUAUUCUUCAUCUUGACAUUUCAGUUGAUGAUAACAUUGGGAGUAAUCUGCUUGUUUAUUUUCUGCAUACCUCUAAAAACUUGGGUGCUCCUGAAUCCCUGGUUCACUUAUGCUCUCUUCCCAGUACUUUUAGUCCUAAUCAUUACACUAUCUUGCUGUGAAGAUGCCCGUCACAAAGUGCCAGAGAAUUUCUUUUUCCUCUUCAUUUUUACGCUUGCGGAAGGUCUGCUGCUGGGAGCUGUAUCUGUUUUCUAUCAAGCUGAAGAAGUGAUGUGGGCAAUAGGAGGAACGGCUUUGGUGACCUGGGGCCUCACCUUGUUUGCACUACAGACAAAAAUUGAUUUUACCAGCUUCUCUGGCAUUACCUGGGCUUUAUUUGUCAUGUUACUCCUCUAUGGAACUCUUUAUAUCUUUAUGCCUUUCUAUUGGCUCCGUUUGAUAUACGCCGCCCUUGGGACUCUGUUAUUUUCAGUGGGGCUUUGUUAGAAGCAUCCCAUCCCAGAUGCUGAGACUUCAAAGUCUGGUUGACAGCUGUCAGAAGGGAGUCUGAAGCCAUUGUGGGAACCUCCCACAGACGCAAGUGGAUGUCCUGCGUACUCCGUGCUAAAAUUCUCUCCCGGAAAUCAGCAGGCAGGAGAAGCUUGUCAUGGAGAGGACCACUUUGAAGUGUAGAGAAGCAGAUCUCUUUGGUAUGGGGUGCAGAAGAGUUAAAGCUAGGAAAGCUUUUACCUAGAACCAGGUCCUUCGCAUGUGCUCUGCGUCCUCUCUAAGCCUUGUGCCGUUUGACGAUUGGAUAAAGUUAAAGACUUCCAUUUUGGUCUUGUUCAUGGGAUCAUCCUGAAUCUGGUUUCUGUCCAAAAGAGUUAAUUUCCCCAAUAAGGAAAUGCCGUUGAAAUUGGAUGAUCGUGGGAAAGUUGAGUUUUAGAGGUUUGGAAUAAUCCUGACUUAUUAAUGUUUGCACUUAAUCAAGAUUUUCAUUUUCUAGAUGACUAAAUAAUUGCAGGUUAUCACUAACACUGAUGGUCUCAUCUAUCUAUGAUCUGGCCGUGAUGAGUUCUAAACAGCACAGGCUCCAUGAUUACCUAAUAGAUGAGAAAGACCACCUUCUAAUGAGGUCUUUGGGGGACUUUUGUAAACAGAGUUCUCCUCGAAGAGUCACAGCAUCUCCAGGAUGGAAGGGGUCUCUGAGGUCGCAGCCUGCCGCCAUAAUGCUGACAAGUGGUCAUUGUCCAUCUUCUGCUAGAAGACUUCUAAUGAGGGAAGGGGGGGAAACUCCUCAUCUCCCAAGGAGCUCUGAUUGUUAGGAAGGUUUCCCUUCUACUGAGCCUAAAUCAAGGGCCCUCAUUGCUUCUACUUUUGUCUCCUGGGGCUAAAAGAACAGAUCUUCCAUGACCUGCCAAUACAUGAAGACAGCUCUCGUGGCUCUGAUAAGUGUUCUCUAGAGUAAACAUCUCCAUCCAGCUCCUUUAGCCACUGCUGCUAGGCCAUGGAUUCUAGUCCUCCCACCAUCCUGGUCAGCUGCGUCAGGACGGGCUCUCCCUCACCUGUGGUCUUCCUGAGUCGGGAUGUCCAGAGCUGACAACAGCAGCCCCCGGGGGGUAGUCCAGGGCAUUAGUUUACUUGGCUGGUACAUCCCACCUUUGGUAUGUGUUGCUGUGGUAGUCCCCUGACACCACUCUUGUUUAAAGCCCUGCCUUCUCUCUCUUGUACUCCUGAAGUAUAUGCUUUUAACUCAAGUGUAGAGCUUUAACUGUAUCCCUGUUAAGUUUUUCUUAUGUAAUUAGACCCCGGCACAUAGUAAGCACUUAUUGAAAUGAAAAACACAAAUCAGUAGAAUGAGCAGAAUGAGAACGGUGAAGGAGAGAUGUAAAACCCUUUAGAAAAAUCUGAGGCAGAAGAAAUCGCUUUCAUCUGGAGUGCAAGCAAGGAAGGCUGCAUGGAGGAGAGGGUACUUGAACUAGGUGGUAGAGGUGGAGAGGGAGCACAUUCCAGUCAAGGGCACUGCAGGUAGUAGCACUUUCGUGUUCCAUUUGGUAGGAAGGAAGGAAGCAAACUACUGUGAGUCAGACAUUGUGCUAAGCGUUUUGCA